GUAGUUGCUCCGGCCUGAGUUGACCCACAGCUUCAGCUUCAGUUUCAGCUUCAUCAUCUGAACCAAACAGAUCCCAGAGUCUGUCCUGACUGUGACCCAGAUCAGGUUCAGUUUUAUUGGACUACAGAUGGACCCAGUGGAGGUAGACGGCAGCGUCCUGGAGGGGGGCGGACAGAUUCUCAGAGUGUCUGCGGCUCUCAGCUGCAUUACCGGAUCCUCCAUCAAAAUCACCAAAAUCCGAGCCGGCAGAAGUACACCGGGACUCCGACCUCAGCACCUCAGUGGUCUGCAGCUGGUCUCAGAUCUGUGCUCUGGAGUUCUGCAGGGUGCCACCAUCGGAUCCACUGACAUCAGCCUGACUCCAGGAAAGAUCCGAUCUGGAAACCACACAGCUGACACACAGACCGCAGGGAGUGUGUGUCUGCUCUUGCAGGUUGCUCUUCCUUGUGCUCUUUUCGCUGAGUCUUCAUCACAGCUAUGUCUGAAAGGAGGAACCAAUGCAGAGAUGGCCCCACAGAUCGACUACACCCUGAAGGUCUUUAAACCCAUUGUAGAAAAGUUUGGAGUCAACUUUGACUGUGAUGUCAGAAUGAGGGGCUUCUAUCCUAAAGGUGGGGGGGAGGUGCGGGUGUCGGUGUCUCCUGUCAAACACCUUCAGCCUGUCGUCCUCACAGACAGAGGAACCAUCACCAAGAUCCACGGACGAGCGUUUGUCGCUGGAGUCCUGCCCUACAAGUUGGCUAAGGACAUGUGUGCAGCUGCUGUUCGAACUAUCAGGAAGGAAAUCAAAGAGCUGUACAUCAACAUCCAGGCUCUGCAGGAGAAGGACAAUGCCUACGGCAACGGAAACGGCAUCAUAAUCAUCGCAGAGUCGUCAACAGGAUGUCUGUUUGCAGGGUCAGCCCUGGGGAAGAAAGGUGUGUAUGCAGAUAAAGUUGGUAUUGAAGCUGCUGAGAUGCUUCUGAGGAACAUUAGACACAACGGCUGUGUGGACGAGUUCCUGCAGGACCAGCUCAUCAUCUUCAUGGCGUUGGCCAAUGGAACAUCUCGGAUCCGAACGGGGGCGGUGACUCUGCACACACAGACGGCCAUUCAUGUGGCAGAACAGCUGACUCAGGCGAAGUUCACCAUCACAAAGUCUGAGGACGAACUGAGCAGCAAUGGAACCAAUGGAACAUACAUCAUCCAGUGUGAGGGAGCAGGAGUCAGCAACACACACCUGUAGAACACACAUAUAUACAAAUAUAUACACACACACACAAAUAUAGAAAUAUACAUACAUACACACACACACACACACACACAUAUAUAUAUAUAUAUAUAUAUAUAUAUAUAUAUAUACAUACACACACACACUGGACUGGAUAGCUGCUCCAUCAUGGCGGACCCUUAAACCCUUGGACCCCUGGUUCCUUGGUUCCUUAGUUCCUCUUCCCUUUUCACUUCUGUCUCUCAGGGUGUUUCCUUUUGACUGUAAUAAAUAAAGUGUUUCUGAUG